AUGGACGGCCGCCGUCUGGAGUGGAGCCGGUGUUUGGAAGGCGGUCCUGGCUCGUGGUCAUUGAUUGACUCGGACGGCGCGGCCUUUACCACUGAAGCAGCUCCUCGAUGGCAUCUGCUCUUCUUUUCCACCGAUCCCGUGGAGAGGCUGCAGUGCCGAUUCGUCCGAUGGCAUCCAGCAGAUGCCCAGGUUGCUGUGUUCGAAGCUGAAGAGCUGGACCAUGAUGCUUGGAUCAGUUAUCCCGCCGGCGAGGUCUACGUCCGUGAAGUGCCCUCACCCUUGGUCGUCACCUGCAGCUUGACGCCUGUCCCGCAAAAUGCUGUUGACGCAGUGUUCACCACGGUGGCCGGCGGGGAGCUGCUGCGAAUCGCCGGCAUGUCGAACCCUUUGCCGGAGCUGGAAGAGCUUGCUACAUCCGCUGCUCUAGCAGCGGCAGCCCAGGGCCGCCUGCGGAGCCGCAACCAAGCAGUGCGCACGACGUUAGACGGGAAAGAGUCGUUCGUUUCACACAACCUCUGCCGUGCGCCGGCCGCGAAGGAGCACCGUGAAGCCAUCAUGCAGCCCGAAAGCAGCCGACGGUGGGCCGACAUGACAGACGACGACGAUCAGGCGACCGGCUGGGAGUUCGAAGCGUUCAAGAAGGACUACCUGGCGAGGAGAUGCAGCCUGACACUUCUGACGCCCGUGCAUGCCCCAGAGCCUCCGAAGAGAGAACCCGUGUACACACGCGUGUAUGUCGCGCAACUGCGCACCGAACCCACCGGCCGAGGGCGGAACAAUCAAGAUCGACGAGGCCUGGAAAACCUCCCCGACAACCGCACCUCGACGGGACACGACCCCGCCCUCCGGCGCGAAGCCAAGAACACCCCGACGGAAGAAGGCAUCACGGCCCCCAAAAAGCCACUGCCGCGCCAGCCACGAUGGACGGCCGACGACGAGAGAGCCCUGGAUCGAGCUUUCCAGCGAGCAGAGGCACCGGAGAGAAGCUACACCCCAAAGGCGCACAACACCUCCCCCGGCAAGCGUCUAGUCCCACUGUGUGCACAGGCCGACAGAGCCGCCGAGGCAACACCGCCAAGAAACGAAGCCGUGGAAGCGGCAAAGCUCGCAAGGAAUGCCGCUGAACCAUCUCACGAAGAACCGGCCGCGCGACGAGGGGGGGCCGAGACGGACUCCGACCACGACACGGAGCCCGGACCCAGCGUCGAGGAGCACUUUCGGGGCAUGCUGGCCAUCAAGAAGAUGUCAGGCGACGGCAACUGCCUCUUCCACGCGCUCGGAGAGAACACCGGCGAGAGCGGGGCAUGCCUCCGAGCCCUAAUCAUCCAGUACCUCAGAGAGAACGCAGAAGCCGAAGAAGACGAAGAGCAAGUGCAGGCCUGGCUACAGGAAAGCCAAUACCUCCAAAGCGAUCCGGGUCACUGGGGCGGCGACACGGCCAUCAUCGCUUUCACCCGCAUGAGGCAGCAGCGAGUCCUUUUGCACUGGCGGACGCCAAACGGCGACAUCCUCACGAGCGAGCGCACGCACUCGGACGUGGACGAAGCAGCCCAACGCGGGCCGCACGCAGCACCGAACGCCACGGAAGUGAUCCAUCUCUGGUACAACGGCAGGGACCACUACGACCUGCUA